AGAAAAACCCUCAACAUAAAAGCGAACGCGAAUGCUCUCUUUGAGUUUGAAGUUCAAACCUACCCACUAAAGAUGUCUGCAAGCAACAGCAACCUCUUCUCCCCGUCGACAAGCAGAAAAGCACCAGCUACUCCCCCAAAAUCUAAUCCUAAAAUUAAACAACGCCGAACCAAUUUUACUUCAGAAAUAAGCACAACCAUCUGCAAUUCCCCUUCCUUCACAUCCAAAGAUAGGGGAAAAAUCCCUGUAACUCCCCCAAACCCUAAUUCUAACCCCUUAACCUUGGUUGACGAAAGACUCCUGCAUUGCCGAACUGAUCGUAAUUCAGAUACGGCGAAGAAAACCCAAUUCCCUUCAGAUCUUAUUGAGGAAAUUCUUUUGAGGCUCGGUGUCAAGUCUCUGCUUCGAUUCCGAUGCGUAUCCAAGCAGUGGUUUUUUCUACUUUCCAAUCAACAAUUCAUCACAAGGCAUCUCAAAAUCCAGACUUCAAAACGCACUCGCCAGGAAUUUAUCAGCUUGAGCCUGAAGAGGGGUUUAUGGAAAACUGUUCAAUUUGAUGUAGAGUACUCGUUUGAUUUAUCAGAUGGAACUCAUGUCAAUGGCUACAUUUACUGGCUUAUUAAUCGUCAACGACGAUCUUGUUGUGGAAUUGUAAGUUUUGAUUUGAGCACAGAUAAAUUGAGAGAAGAGGAAUCUCUAAGCUGGAUGCUAUCCAAUAAAUCCAACAUGUAUACCGGUUUGCACCUGUCAGGAGAAUCUCUUUGUCUGGUAGAGUCUCCGGACGAGGUUACAUAUGAUGUGUGGAUGAUGGAGGAAAAUGUGGUAACACAUACCAAAUCUUGGAUUAAAUUGUUCAGAGUUAGUAGUACUGAUGGCAACUUCAAUACCCCUUUAAAUGAUCCAUUGAACCGGGAUGUGAUGACUCCGGUCUGUUUUACUGGAAACGGAAAAGUUUUGAUUUACUGGUAUACGAGAUAUGAAUAUGCUCUGUAUGACCCCAGUGACCAAUCAGUUAACAAGGUUGCAGAACUUGGCAAUCCAAUUUUUGAAUCCUGGCCUGUGAGUCCAUAUGUGGAGAGCUUGGUCUCCCUGGGUUGAUGAAUUCUAAUUUUAUUACUGUUAUUAUUUACUUUAUGUUCUUUUCAUCUAGUGUUAUCAUUUUAGUUAUUUUGGGGAGUGGCUAAUGAUAGAAGAGGCUGUGCUAGUGUAGAGUCCUUGGGCUGGGAUGUGAAGGGUAAGGUAUUGGUUUAGUUUUAUAAACUGGAGUUGACGUGUCAAGGGUGCUUUUUCAGGCGAUAAGUUGUAAUGAGAAUGAUGGAGCCAUUCUCCCUGCUAUUCUUCUUAGGAAUUCUAUGUGGUUUCAGCAAGUAAAUUUGUUUGUUGAAGGAAUGGAUAAUUUUGUUCUUAUUAUUCAUUAAUUGCAAACUGAACUGGAAUGCCUGAUAUUUUGUUUGCAAACAUUAUUAUUUUGCCUUUCCAGGUCAGUUUUGUCUUCAAUGAAAUUGAUGCUUCUUUGGCAUGCUUGCUGUUCCAAAAAAAAUGAAAAAUUGAUGCUUCUUUGUAGGAGGUUGGUGUUUAGUGAUUCUGCGUGGUGUUUCAUUGUCAUAGUUUUGUUGCAUAUUACCAUGCUAAUGAAGGCGUAUGUGUGGAAUUGUGGAUUUUCUUGAUAAAGUUCUGAUUUAUUAGUUUUGUUCACCGUUAUACUGCCUGUCUGAUAUUUUGUCAUCACAAACAUCUGGAGUGUAUGUGUUGUGUGGAUGAGUCUAAGUUAACCUCUA